AUUUAUAAUCCGCUUUAGUGGCUAAUUCCUGAACGAGCUCCUCGGCCCAAUAACUUUCCAAGUUCUCGUUCAUGGCAUCCGGCUAUCUUCUCAGACAUCUUAACCUCUUUCAUCAUGUUUAACCGAUCCAGCGUCCAACUGAAGCGAGUUAGCUUUUUCUACUCGCAUAACUUAUGGUUGUUUCACUUGCACUUUAUAUAGCAAAGCACUGCAUAACGCCCUUUCAUUGACAUACACUCCGGUGACUCACAUCAUUCCGAGCCAAGACGCCAACUUUCACAAGUGCAUUAUGUACGGCCAAGCCCGACUAAUCGAUGUUUGAGCUCUUUGCAUCUUAGAUACCCCAACACUGGUUCAAUGCAGCCUGAUCACUCACGCAGCCUCAAGCAGCAAAUAUUACCGCCAUGUCGUCCGCUGACCCUUCUUUUUCGAGCAUCAAAUACGUUCCUACCACCGAAGCCUACAACAGAUGGGCAAAAGUCUACGACACAGAUGGCAACUUCCUCCAAGCCCUCGAUAAUAUCGAGAUGCAGCACCUUAUGCCUCGUUUCAUCUCCUCAAUCAGGUCCCCCAAACCGUGGCGAAUGGCCGAUCUGGGAUGCGGCACUGGUCGUAACACCGCUCUCCUGCUCAUCGUGGAGGACGCGCACAUCGCGGCUUUAGAUUCAAGUGACGGGAUGCUCGAAGUGGCCAAAGCCAGACUUAAGGAAUUUAACGCCGAGACACCGGCUGAGGCCGAUGCAAAGAGCCGGUCAGAUGUCCAAUUCGAGUUGUUCGACCUCUUGGCAUCAUCGGACCCGCCAGCUCAUGCAAAGGAUGCAGACGGUAUAAUCAGCACUCUCGUCAUCGAACACAUACCCCUGCCGGCCUUCUUCUCGAAAGUUACGAUGAUGCUCAAGACUGAUGGUGUGCUGCUGCUGACGAACAUGCACUCGCAUAUGGGUGGUAUCAGUCAGGCUGGGUUUGUUGACCCCAAUACCGGCGAGAAGAUUAGGCCGACUAGCUAUGCGCAUACGGUCGAGGAUGUAGUUGCGGAGGCGGCUAAAUGGGGACUGGAGCUUGAGGGCGAUCGUGGUAUGGUUGAACGGGCUGUCGAUGAUGAGAUGGUCGGGAAACUUGGACCGAGAAGUCAGAAAUGGGUUGGUAUUACUUGUUGGUUUGGCGGGUUGUUUAGGAAGAAAUAUUAGGGGCGUUGGUAUUGCUAAAAAUAAAGGGGGCCCAGGAGAUGCCGGGAAGCGUGUUGAUAUUACACGAGUAAUGUACACGUGGUGGUCAAUAAAUAUACAAAACGUUCACCCACGA